GCAUCAUUCCUUCUUUGGCCUCGUCCGCUCCUCGGUGCUAGUCCGGCUAUUGUUGUGUGUCUUUGAGCAGGGCAACCCUGACCUAUCAGCGGGCGGUGAAUCCUGGAUGUUUUAUCUGUUUUGCUUAGCUCUUUCCCCGCCAUAUUAAACAGUCUUUGUCAGCUGUCGGUGCGUCCCCGUUAGAACGGAGUACUAAAGGAUCCCAGCGGAGGAGUUUGGGCCGGUGAAGUAGUUAAUCGGUAUGGGACAGGCGGAAGACUGAGAUUCCUCGUUAAGAGACUGCUUGUGUCGGCUGUUUUCCACUUCUUUGGAUUGUCGAAGUGAAAUAAAAAGCGUGGGGCACAAAGGGAUCGCAGGACGCAUGUAGUCGAAGUACAACACUGCAAAGGUCGCUUUUCAGGCUUGACGAUGGGUUGCGUCAGGAGUAAAGAGGACAAGGGCCCGGCGCUCAAAUACCGACCCGAUAACUCGAACGCCACGCCGGUCAAUGCCCACCUGGGCCACUAUGGGCCUGACCCCACCAUGAUGGGUCAGUCGCCAGCUAUGAAGACACACAACAACAGCUACAACAGUCACGCCGCCGCUCUCACGCCCUUCGGCGGGGCGUCUUCGGUCAUGACGCCUUUUGGCGGGGCCUCCACCUCCUUCACCUCGGUGGCUGUGAGCAGCCCUUUCCCCAGUGUCAUCACAGGCGGUGUGACGUUUUUCGUAGCGCUGUACGACUACGAAGCCAGGACGUCAGAUGAUCUGUCAUUCAAAAAGGGGGAUCGCUUCCAGAUUAUCAACAACACGGAAGGCGACUGGUGGGAGGCUCGUUCCAUCAACACCGGACAGAAAGGCUACAUCCCCAGUAACUACGUGGCUCCAGCCGACUCCAUACAGGCUGAAGAAUGGUACUUUGGUAAAAUGGGCCGCAAAGAUGCCGAGCGUCUCUUAUUGCUUCCAGGGAAUCAGCGGGGCACUUUCUUGGCACGAGAAAGCGAGACGACCAAAGGUGCCUACUCUCUGUCUAUCCGGGACUGGGAUGAGGUGAAGGGGGACAACGUCAAACACUACAAGAUCCGUAAGCUUGACAACGGUGGUUAUUACAUCACCACUCGGGCCCAGUUUGAGACACUGCAGAAGCUGGUGAAACACUACACAGAACAUGCUGAUGGUCUGUGCUACAGGCUGACGACUGUGUGCCCCACUGUGAAGCCUCAGACUCAGGGACUGGCUAAGGAUGCCUGGGAAAUCCCGCGAGAAUCCCUCCGACUGGAGGUCAAACUGGGCCAGGGCUGCUUUGGAGAAGUCUGGAUGGGAACGUGGAACGGCACUACUAAGGUGGCUAUUAAGACCCUGAAGCCAGGCACCAUGUCCCCAGAGGCCUUCCUGCAGGAGGCUCAGAUCAUGAAGAAACUCCGACAUGACAAACUGGUGCCCCUCUAUGCUGUCGUGUCUGAAGAGCCCAUCUACAUUGUAACUGAAUUUAUGGGCAAAGGUAGUUUACUGGACUUCCUGAAGGAGGGCGACGGUAAAUAUUUGAAGCUACCCCAGCUGGUGGACAUGGCUGCGCAGAUUGCAGACGGCAUGGCCUUCAUCGAGAGGAUGAACUACAUCCACAGGGACCUGAGAGCUGCCAACAUCCUGGUGGCCGAUAACUUGGUGUGUAAGAUCGCAGACUUUGGCCUGGCUCGGCUCAUCGAGGACAACGAGUACACCGCCAGACAAGGUGCUAAAUUCCCGAUCAAAUGGACGGCCCCUGAAGCUGCUCUGUACGGCCGCUUUACGAUCAAAUCGGACGUCUGGUCGUUUGGUAUACUACUGACUGAGCUGGUGACCAAGGGCAGAGUGCCAUAUCCAGGCAUGGUGAACCGAGAGGUUCUUGAGCAGGUGGAACGAGGUUACCGCAUGCCCUGCCCCCAGGGGUGUCCCGAGUCCCUCCAUGAGAUGAUGAGGCAGUGCUGGAAGAAGGAGCCAGACGAAAGACCAACCUUUGAAUACAUCCAGUCCUUUUUAGAAGACUACUUCACAGCCACAGAACCACAGUACCAGCCAGGGGACAACCUCUAGUCUGGGGGACUUUGGGUGGAGGGGUGGGGGGCGGACUCUGGCACCACACGGAGGUACAUCAGUGGAGAUCAAAGCUUGGGACAGUGGAGAACUUUGACGAAUGGCAAAAAGCCUUGAUGAGGCUGCAGAGAAACAGGUUUUAGUGCUACAAACUAGUAAACAACCACACUGAUACAUCUGCAAGUGCAAAAAGAAAAUGUGUUUCCGAAGUAGAGGUUUGUCCCUUGUGCCCCCAGGGACCAAGUGUUCGGGGAGGAGUCCAGCUGUGCAGAUUGGUGCUUGGUAUGUUAAGCUCUGGGAAACCCUGCCAAUAAAAGUAAACCAUAUGGACUGGCCACAACACUGUGAUCAAAAAGAGAGGGGUUUUCUCCUAAUUUCAUAUUAAUGGCUGCUUGCCCACGCAGUUUAUUUCUUUUUAAAUAAUAAAGUUCCCCACGUUAUUCUUCGAAAUCGGAGUCAAGAUCUUUUAUGUGUACAUGAGUCGAAUUUGUAGGCUGAUAAGUAUGUUUUUUUUUGUUUGUUUUUAAGUGACCAACAACUGUGGUUGAACUGUAGGGUGUGUGCUGUAAAUCGUUGAUGGAGAGGAGCGAGGUGAAGUACAUGAAAAGGAUGUUGCUUGUGGAUGCCAGAAUGUACUGAGAAAACAAAUCAGUUGUACAUAGAAUAUGUGCAAAAAGAUGUAUUUUCAGCAGGUGUGACCAGGUGGAUGAAUGCGUACGUGAGAAAUGAAUUGGAGUGAUUCUUUUAACACGGUCACUUGAAUGGCGAAUCACACGGAUUUAUUAUGCUUUUUUUUAUUAUUAUUUAAACGGGGACUUGAAAUCAUAAAGAGGUAUUUUGAUAAUAUACAAGUGCAAAAAACCAUUUUUCCUCUUUAACAUUUUAUAACUGAUUUGAAAAGGACAUUUUCAGCUGUGAAAUUUAAGUAAAAUUUGAGUUUGUUUCUGUCUGAAAUUAGCAUCUUGUCUUUUGUUUUGACGGCUGUAAAAGUCUCCCGAUGUUGCACUCGGCUGCACGGCUUAACGUUGCCAUAGAUGAGUUCUGUCAUGAUAGAAAUGGUGCAGGAAACUCUCAGAUCUAUUAAAUUCACAUCAUCUUGUACAUCAUUCAUGCGGCUGUAGUGUUUCUCUUCUCAGUAAAAUCCCACCAUCCUUUGACUAAAUGCGCCUGCAGUGUCCUUAGCUCGGCCCGCUGGAGGGAAGAAUCUCCUGUUUCGUAAGCGCAACUAUGCAAAUUCAACCAGUGAUGUUUCAUGGAUGGGAAUGUCUCAAACAUUAUGUGCUCCCAGGUGAAGAGCGGGUGGAGCACUUGUGUAGUGACGUAACAAGAACCAGACAAAACAAACAUGGUGCACAUGCUGUGGUCAGAUGGGGGUCUUUAGUGCUUUUAUAGAUGCUAAAAACAAAAGUCCAAUAACAACUUCUUAGAGGUACUUCCACUGUCUGUCCUGCAGUGUGUGAUAGGAAAUUUGAAAAGAUGUAAAAGGCAUCUUCCUAUUCAAUAAGUAAGCUUAAGAAUUGGACAAAGAUGUGAACUUUUUUUUUGUUUUUUGUUUUUUUUGCUUCGCUCAUGAGAACCUAAUGUGUGAUUGUUCCUGAAGGUGGGACUUGAACUAGUGGGGAGAUGAUAAUGAAAUUUCAGAGAAUGGUGACUAAUAUGAUUUUGUACAGAAAAAACAAAUAAAAGUUUUACUCAUA